ACAGCAACGCCCGGUCGCAGCGCCGCAGCAUGUCGCUGCCCCAGCCCCUGAGGCGGCGGCUGAGCUCCUUCAGCCGCACCGUCUUCACCGACAGCCGCCGCACCGGCCCGCAGUACCCGGGCGACCGCCCAGACAAUGAAAUGCUUUCCAGUUUACCACUGCAGAUGUCCCUCUAUUUCAACGUUUAUUUUUUCCCAUUUUGGUGGCUCAGCACCGUUGUCAUGCUCCAACUGAAGUAUUCGUUCUUGUCAGAUUACUACAAGUUCAUCCUGGUCACAAUCAUGAUCCUCGCCUCUCUAAUAGAGGUCAUUCGACUCUACCUGGGAUACAUGGGUAAUCUGCAGGAGAAGGUCCCUGAGCUGGCUGGGUUUUGGCUCCUGACUCUCCUCCUGCAGUUGCCUAUAAUUCUCUUCUUGCUAUUUAAUGAAGGUCUGAAAAUUCAGCCACUGGAGCGAGCAGUCCAUAUCAUCUUUGCCCUGUUCCUAACCUUCCAAGUCAUUGCAGCCUUUGUCACCCUGAAAAGAAUGGUGAACAAAUUGGCAACCCACUUCCGCCUUAAUGAAUUUGACCAUCUGGAGGAACAUCCUAUGCCUUAUUUUUACAGCCUGGAUAAAGAAGAGAGAGCAGUUUCCAUGGCUGGUAGGGGCCCUGGUGCUGGCUGGGGAAUCACACACUGAAGGCCUGAGAGGCUAACAGAGGCAGGCCUCAUGCUGCUACAGCUCUGUUUCCGUUUUGUUGGGUCAUUCUUUACCUUCCUACAUCAGAGAUAUUAAAAAACUAGAUCUUAAGAGCCAACGUUAAAUCUCAGAGAUUGGAGCUCCAUUCUGCAAGAAAAAAAUUCAAAGCCUUUUACUUAACUAGCUUGAAUGGACUAUUUGUGGACUCUUACUGCGUAGAGUAGAUUUUUUGGGGUUUACGAAGCCAUGUGGUGUUUUUAAAAAAAACCAAACAAACCAGAAGCCUUUUUUCUUCACUGUUUGCACAGAAUUGUUUUGUUUACAAUAAAUCUUUUAUACAUAUUUUUA